AGCAUCAACCAAGUGAGAGAAGCUCAUCAAAAUCUCCAUUUUCAUCCACCAUAUUCGAACCAAAGCUUAAGGAGAAGAAGGAGGGGAAAGAAAAGAGAAAGAAGGAGGAAAACUUGAGGAUUAACAAGGUAUCUCAAGAACUUUCACGGGGUUGAAAAGGUCGCCGGAGUUAGUUAAAGUUCACCGGAGUUUCACCGGAGCUCAAUAAGAAAGGCUAGAACUUCAUAAGCUUCUUUUGAGGUUGAGGCUAGAGUCCUGCCACCUGCACCUUUGCCCAGGGUGAACUCAAAUAAGGAAGACGUGAAAUGGAGGGUAGAGGCAUGGCUACGAGGAACAACCCGAGAGGGCAAACUCCGGUGACGUCCGAAGGGGCUAGCCAGGUUGCAUCUCGGGGCGCGAGAGGCGGUAGGAGAGGCCGUGGAGGCCGUGGAGGCCGGGGAGGCCGUCGGGCUCACACCGUGAGCGAUGGCCAUGUUAGCUCGGUGCACGGAACUCACACCGAGGAUUACGACUCUACAUAUGUUCCCGAGACGGAACAUGAGGAGACCCCAUAUGAUGGGGGUGAUACGUACACCGAUGAUGACAACGAUGAGAGUGAUGCCAAGUUCGCCCAGAUGGGUGAAUUGUUAGAGUGGUAUCAAAAAGAGAAACUAAGAAGAGAUCUUAGGCGCCAAGCUAGGCGUGCUUCUCAGAGAGGUUCGGUACAGGGAAGCCAGGGAGCUUCAGUGGUCAUUCCUGUGGCGACACAGGGGGUACAAGGAGGAGGUUUCUGUGUAAGAAUCUCCAAAUACCUCAAGGAGGCGAGGGCCUUGGGGUGUAAGUCAUUCGAUGGCAAGGGCGACAUAUCUGUGGCUACCGACUGGAUCAAGAAACUAAAUGAGGCUGCUAGGGAUAUGCAGAUCGGGCUUGAUAUAAAGCUGACAGUUGCUACCAGGUUACUGGAGGGAGUAGCCGCGGUAUGGUGGGAAGGCGUGGAAGGAAAGUUCCACGGUGAGACCACCUGGGAGAAAUUUGAAGUGGAAUUCUAUAAUCAGUACUACUCAGAGUUUGAGAAGAACCAAAAGAGGAAGGAGUACAUGACCUUGGUACAAGAGGAGGGUUGCUCGGUGAGGCAAUUAGAGCAGAGAUUCCGGGACUUGGCACGAUACAUACCUGAGUACGCCAUGGAUGAGAACCGCAUGGCUAAUCACUUCUGGGAUACCCUACAGUUGGAUAUCCGUGAUAGGGCCACCUACAAUCAUCACAUGACUUUUAGUGAGAUUGUGGAUCAAGGGCUACUUGGGGAAGCCAAGUGGAAUGAAAGGAAGAAAAGAGAAGCCGAAGAGGCAAAGAAGAGAAGGUGGGGAAAUUCUGGACCCCAAGACCAUUCUCGGAAACAUCACGCCGGGAAUGGAAGAUCAUUCAGGGCGCCGGAACCACCGACAAAGAAGAGUAAGGGCCCAGGAGGGCAAGGGCAUAGCUCGGGGAGCAUGAGGCCACCAAGGUGUCCAAACUGUAACAGGAAUCACUCCGGGAAGUGCAAUGAACCACCCCGGUGCUACAAGUGUGGUAGCACAAGCCACCUCAAACUCUCUUGCCCAAUGUUGAGUGGAGGUGGGCCAUCGGGAGCUGUUGAGGCACCCACGUCUGGUAGGGGUCGUGCGGGACCAUCUCAGGGCGGCACGGGAAGGGGCGGACCCACGGCUAGUAACGCCGCGUCCGUUAACCAAGGGAGGACUCAGGCACGGGUGUACGCAAUGACCGAGGCUGACGCUCGGGCCAACCCGGACUCCAUUGCAGGUUGAGGCUAGAGUCCUGCCACCUGCACCUUUGCCCAGGGUGAACUCAAAUAAGGAAGACGUGGUUCGUGCUUCCAUUCUUAUUUGAAAUUAUGAAAUUGCUCAUGGAUAUUUGAACGAUGUUUUCUAUUAAACUAUUGAAGGGCCUGCGUGCUCAUGGUUGCCACGUGUGGCUAAAUGUCAAACAUAUUUUAUUUCCGCAUUUG